AUGGAGGCUUUGUAUGGGAUACCCUUUCACAUUUUAGAAGUCCCUAACCUCAAGUUGAAGAAGCCAGGAUGGGUAAAACCACCAUCGGCUAUGGUGGUCUUCGCCUUUGUUCUCUUGUCGUAUUUCUUGGUCACUGGAGGUAAAUUGUCCGAAUAAGUUUCUUGUUACAUGCCUCGACCUCGAAAGGAUCCAAAAUCAAGCCAACCAGCUAAGCAAAAAAAAAAAAAUUAUCAGAGAUAAGAGUCGAUCAUGAUUUUAGAUUCUAAAGUCAGAAUUCUCCUCUAACUUUAAGCUUUCCUGCAAACUGCAUGUUGAUAGCAAGCUAAAGAAAAUAACAUGUGGGUUUGUUUACUAAAGUAGAUCGGUCCCAACUAAGGGAUACGUGGCACUCAAAAGCGUGACAUGUAAUGUAUCUCGGAACUAAUGAUCAAACAGUGCCCUGGGACAGGCAUCGAGAAUGAUCACUCACUUAGCGAUAAUGUGCAUUGCCACAUGUCGAGUAUAACGAGACAUAUUUAAUUUAAUUGACAAAAUCUGUUAUUGAUUCCUUUUUCCUUGCAUGUAUGAUCCUGAAUGAAAAAAAAAAGACUAGAUUUGUUAACAUUUGAUUGUAAAGUGCCUUAAAACUUCUCAUGGAUCUUUGAUGUUGUCUCCCAGGUAUCAUCUAUGAUGUGAUUGUGGAACCACCCAGUGUGGGAAGCACAACAGAUGAGUUUGGUCACAGUAAACCGGUUAGUACAUGCCCUGGAUGCUGUGGUCAAACAUAGGAUACGUGUGAGGGGAUUAAUUUUAAUCCAAUUUUCUGUGCAAAAUUUCUUGGUUUUGCAAAAUAAGCAAAAGAAAAUUAAAUUGUCCUUAGAAAUAUGUUAAAGGAAACGAAAAUUAGUGAAAAGGAACACUUUUGGACACAAAGCUUACCCAAAUAUGGGUAUCCUGUUGAUUAACCAUUCUGUUUUGAGCUUUUCCCAAAAAGGUAUACAUUUCUGAAACACCCUGACUAACUGGCUUGUGCAGUUAUUUGUAACUUUUGUGAAACUACUUUGUUCUGACACCCUGAAAGCAGGUCACCUAGUCAUUGCUACAUUCACACAUGCACAGGUGCUUGACCACUGUGGUCAUUUUCUGAAGCCUGCAAAACAUUUUCCUGCUUCUCAGAAACCAAAUGACUUGUAAAAAAAUUAGAAAUUUUUUGUUUGCUUUUUUUCUGUUAUUAAUGUUUAGUAAGCUUAUCAUAAGCACUCAUGGUUAAUAAAGCAAUUUCUUGUGUUCCUUUUCCUUCCCAGGUUGCUUUCAUGCCUUACCGUGUAAACGGUCAGUACAUCAUGGAAGGCCUGGCAUCAAGUUUUUUGUUUUCAAUGGGUGGAUUAGGCUUCAUUAUCCUGGAUAAAUCAAAUGCUGUUGGCAUGUCUAAACUUAACAGAUUUCUCUUGCUGUUCCUGGGCUUUGUCUGUGUCCUAGUGUCAUUCUUUACAUGCAGAGUUUUCAUGAGAAUGAAACUGCCGUGA